AUGUACACUUAUACCACUGCUAUAGUUAUCGCUAGCAUCGCGAUAGUAGUCUCAAUUUAUACUCGAUUCGACUUAUUUGAUAUGGAAAAUCUUAAUCGCUCCAAAAUUGGGAAUGAGCUAUUGCACCAUUACAUUUGUCCCAACGUGGAACAAGCUUCUGCUAUAGCUAUGGAUGUUCACGCUUUCAACCCAUUCGAUAGAAUAUCAAGGCAAAAGUGCAUUGAUAGUUUCUCUACAACGUACAAUUUGGUUUACUAUUCACUAUGCUUAGAUAAUAGCUACAAGCUAAUUGUGCUACGAGGUCCUAGUCAAUGUGGCAAAUCCAAAAGCUUGCAGCAAUUCCUAUAUUAUCUGCGACAGAGACAUAUUUUGGCUAUUGAUUUUAAUUUUGCAAAUAUCCAGAAUGAAUUGCAUAUGGAAUCAUUUCUUAAUAUGGCUAUACUAGAAGCUAUUACUCAAAUCAAUCUUGAUUUCCAUAUCGGUGAUGUAAUGAAGUUUGAUACGAUUCUUAAAAAAUUGCCUUACCGUUUAACCAAGUGCAAUUACUAUAAAAUUAUGCCGAUGGGUAUUUUAUGGAAUCAUAAUUUAUUUUUCACUUGGACAUCUUGGAAGAAUAAGCAGCAAAACAACCUGAAGCCUUUUAUCAUGCAGAUAUUAAAUGAUCCAUGUUCAAACAAAAAUUACGUGACAACCUUAAUGACAAUUUUAGCAGCUUUAGCGGAAGUAGACAGAAAAUUACAACCAAUUGUUGUAUUUCGUGAUCUUCAUAAAUCUAUCCUAAACCCAAGGACUAGCUCUUUAAUAUUUAACCUACUUCAAGAGCUAUUUCAUUUUAUUGACAAUCAACGUAAUCAUCUACUUCUCUUUCCUGUAGUAAUGGAAAUGUCUGAUUACGUAUGGUAUGAUUUUUUUUAUGUUCGAUCACACCAGUUUAACAUACCGAAAGUAAGUUACGAUGCUAUCGUAAUGGAACCUUUAUUUGAAGAAGAAAUAUAUCAAAAGAUUGUCUAUGUAUAUCAAUUGUUGCCUGGUAAAAUUUUUAACUUGGUAUGGCAAAGAAUUGGCCAUGAUCGCAGUCUAUGGAGCCAGUUUUUAUACCGAUAUGACUAUCUAAAAAUACGAAAUAUAGGCCCUGACGAUUACAUAAGAACGAUCAUUAAUCAAUUACAAUUAGAAUCUGACUUGAAGAUCUUUCACAUCCUUUCUCAAGUAACACGUGAAAAUAAAUCAUUAUCGUUAGCAUUUUUAAAGACAUUACAUUCUAACAAUUAUGUGCUAAAUACGCUCGAAUGGAUAGUCAGACAAGAAGCCAAAUACCUUCUUCAGGAACGGUUAGCUUAUAUCGAUAAAGAAUUCAAUUUUCAAAUACAACAUAAACUCUACCAAGCAUCAAUUCAAAAAUAUUAUGAACGUAUCGAGCAGAAAUGA